AUCUGGUAGAUCCUUUACUUUAACAUUUGCCAAGUUCUUUCGUUUGGAGUAAAAAUUAUUCCUAACAGAUCGGUGAGUAAAUUUAACAAUGAGUUUUGGCGGUGUGUUUGUAUUAAAAUUUGGCAAUAGCCUUCCUUCCCAUCCCAAUAGCCUUCUCGGGUAUUGAGGGAAUGCAGUUAUGCCAUUGCCCCAAUCUUUGCUAAGUCUUUAAUCAUUCAUUACAUACUGGUACUGUUCCAUCUGAAUGGAAAUCAGCUGAUGUUUCACCAAUUCAUAAGAAAGAUAAGAAAGAACUAGCUAUCAACUACCGUCCAAUUUCACUGCUAUCUAUGAUCAGCAAAGUCUUGGAGCGAUGCGUUUGUAAUCGUUUCUACGAACAUAUCCGAGAUUCAAUUAACGAAGCUCAGCAUGAAUUUCUUCAUGGCCGUUCUUGUACUACACAGCUUCUUUCAACGUUACAUUGUGUUGGACAAUUGCUUGACGGACGGACAUUCUAUUUCUUGACUUUGCCAAAGCCUUCGACUCAGUGGAUCAUGUUAUUCUCUUAAGAAAGCUGAAAGAUUACGGUAUAGCAGGAAACCUUUACAGAUGGUUCUCUGACUACCUGCAUAACUGUACCCAGUGUGUUGUUGUAGAGGGUGCUGCUUUGUCAUGGUCCCCCGUCACUUCUGGCAUUCCACAGGGUAGCAUCUUGGGUCCAAUGCUUUUCUUACUCUUCAUCAACAAUCUUCCUGAUGUCAUUCCCGAAUCUACAUCAACAGGACUGUAUGCUGAUGAUACCAAAUUAUAUAGAGAAAUCUCAACUCCAGAGGAUUGUUCACAGUUACAAGAAACUUUGUCGUGUGCGGAUGUUUGGAGUAAGGAUAACAACAUCAACUUUACUCCCUCAAAAUGUAAAAUUUUGACAUUCUUCCGCCGUAAAACACAUUUUCUUUUCGAAUAUUAUCUGGGAUCAUCCGAAUUGAAGCGUGUGAAUGAUGAAGUUGAUCUGGGAAUCACAGUGACCAGUAACCUUUCAUGGACUACCCAUAUCAAUAAUAUAAAAGUCAAUGCGAACAGGUUGCUGGGUUUGUUUAGAAGAACAUGCCCCUUGCUAACAGACUGCAGUAUCUGGCGCACUCUGUAUCUUUCACUUGUCAAGUCACAAUUAUGCUAUGCCACAGAGGUUUGGUCUCCCUCCCAAUAUAAUAACAAAUUAAAUCUGGAGCAAGUGCAAAGGCCUGCAACAAGAUGGAUCCUUCAAUCGAAGAAAGGUGACAUGACCUACAAGGACAGAUUGAAAUCGACAGGGAAAUUAAGGAUUUGACAUUUAUGUUUAAUUAACUCUUUGUCGACAAGUAGUUUCGCAUUACAUUACGAUUCAAUUUUUCAAAUGUAAAUAUCGCGGCGAGUAUUUACCCCCCUUUAAAACAAAACCCACCAUUGUAAUCCUCACAAAAUAACCUUUCGAACGGGGGGUCAAGUGCUGUCGAACAUUAUACAAACCGAAACAAUCAUAUAUUUAUACUCACUGCUUCGCCAAACAUUCAAACGAUAAAAAGAGUAAUUAAUGCAAUUACUCAAAAAAAAUUAGUAACACUUACUCAAACAAAAAAUGGAGCGAUGCAUUUUUUGCAGUAAUAUUUGCUAUAUAUUGUUUGUAUUUUUGCACUGUUUUGCCUAGAUUUUGGUAACCUAAAGUUAUAAAACUUGCAACUGACCGAUUACAAUUGUAAUAAUAAUGUCAAUGAUAGCUAACUGUGCAAGUUUGCAACAAAUUAAUUCAGGUCUAGUUUGUGAACAGUGUGGUUCCAAAUUCAUCUGAUACCAUGUAAGCGUAGUCUGAGUUUAACAUUCUGAUUCAAUUUCAUUCUCUGAAACAUUGUCAAGAUAAGUAAUGAAACAAAAGACGGCGUCACAGGUUUAUAAUCCUGAUUAAGGUGGCUCCCUACAAUUUUUUAAAUAUGACAAAAUCGUGAUUUAGAUUUAAUUUUUUGAAAAGAGGUUUCUUUUUAGAAGACAAAAAUUGUACCACAUAUAUUGAGCAAUCUUGCAAGAGUUGAAAAUUGUUUACAAAAAUUAUGUCAUUACCGUUGCUAUCCCCAGUCACUGAGGAUUUUAUAUACCUCGAAUGGCUACGGAAACAGAACAAACUACAAAAUGUGUACCUCCUUCCCAAAAUGCUCGAAGUUUCCCCGGUCCUCCCCUCGGUGAAAGGUUUUCAAACAAGAACACAAUGUCCUGGUUGUAAGUCUAUAUAGCGUAUGCGAUGAUCAUAGUUCUUCUUUCCUUUUUCAGCACUUUUCGUGGUAGCUUCAUGAGCAAUUCGGUAAGCCUCGAUCAUUGCAGUUUUCCACUUCGAUACAUAAUCUGAUCGUGAAUUACUUUCCACUUUGUCUGGCAAGUCAAACAUUAAGUCAAUGGGUAGUCUGGGACUUCUACCGAACAGUAGAUACAAUGGUGAAUAGUUCGUGGACUUUGUACAGUGCAAUUGUACGCAUGAACGAGUUUAUUAAGGUGAUCUUUCCAUCUUGACUUAUAUGACUCUAGUAAUGUUCGCAGCAUGCCCAACAAAGUAUGAUUCAUCCGCUCAACUAUGCAGUUACCUUGAGGAUGGUACACAGGUGUAGUCCGAGAGUGCAUUAUGCCGGUUAAUUGUUCUAAUCACUUGAAAAGAUUGUUCGCAAACUCCCCGCCCAUGUCGUGAUGGAUUUUUUCUGGACAUGUUGUGCUUUGACUAUGUCCACGACCCUUAGUUUACUUGCACCAGCAGGCAUUGCCUCAUAGUUUUUAUCAGGCUGUAGUUCUUUCUCAUCAGCGGUUACGGCGGUUAUCCAGAUGUCACCCGUUUCUUGAGCUUUAACCUUGGAGAUAUUAUUUGGUCUAUUAGACUUUCUAGUGCCCUCUAAUGUUCUGUGGUCCACUGCACUAGAUUACGAGAAGAUUGUACGUUAUUUUUCCAUCCAACUUUACCGUUUUCUUCCUUCAACAGAUCAUGGAUUGGUUUUGCUUGCUGUGAGAAGUUCUUAAUAUGCCUAUGGUAAACACAUAACAAACCCACCAGCUUUCGAACAUCACCAACAGUAGGCGGUGUUGUAUGUUUCCACAUCUGAACUGCGCUUGUUGCCUUAGGGUCCAUGCAAUACCUGUGCUGCGAUACUAAUCUACCACAGAAUGAGACUCUUGUUUAAAUAAGUUACAUUUCUUUGGUUUAAGCUUGACUCCCCACUCUUGCAACCAUCUGAGCACUUUACGUAAGUGUUCGAUGUGUUCAGUGAAAGAGCUGGAAAACACAAUCACAUCGUCUAUGUAAGCAAUACAGAUCUCAUCUCUUAACUUGUCGAGGCAGUGUUCCAUGAAAUGUUGAAAAUUGGCAGGGGCAUUCAUUAAGCCAAAAGGGAUUCUCACCCAUUCAUACAAACCCCAAGGAGUUAUGAAAGCUGUGAGGUGUUGACUUUUUGUUCCCAUAAAUCCCUGAUGAUAGGUCUUGUCCUGGUCAAGGACACUGAACCACGAUUUGCGGCACAAACUGUCAAGUGAAUCUUGUAUUCGAGGUAUUGGAUGUCGGUCAGGCAGUUUUUCGAUUUAGUUCCCUAUAAUCUACACACAACCGCAUUCCUCCGUCCUUCUCUCGGACGCAACGACACUACUUGAAUAUGGUGAUUUCAACUUUUUAAUAAAUCCAUGAUUUAAGAGAUCCUCUAUGUACCCUUUGACCUUGGGGUACAAGGGUCGCGGUAUUGAUGCAUAAUUUUUCUGGACAGGUUUCUCACUCGUCAUAGUUAAAUCCAUUGUCAACUCUGGAAUGCAUCUCACAUCAUAAUCAUCUUGUGCAAAAGAUUCACACUCAUCGUACAACAAUUGUUUAACUUGUUUUAACUGUUCACCAUUUAACCCAGUCAGGUCUACAGGAGGCAAGUUUUCAGCACUCACGUUGUUGCAUUCCUUACUUUGAGUUUGAUCAGAGUGCUGACUAGUAGUUGCUUUAGGUUCCUUAAGCUUCACUUCAAUCAGAGUUACAGAGCGAACCAGUUGCAGAUGCCUUACCACUGUUCUACCAGGAAGAAUAAUGUUGUGAUUUGUUUGAUUUGUAAUCUUAACGUUUAUGAGUGAACAGUUCCCUUGCUUUAUUGAUUUAAGUUUCUCUUGUAAUAAUUACCCUGAUGGUAAUUCAGUAUUGUCAAUAGGUUAAAAAAGAACUGGAACAGUGCGGUUUUAUUGGACCAGUGUUCACACAACAAGGUACAUCAAUACUUUGAUUUUUCGGAAUCAAAAUAUCUGUCUUGCGACAUUUUACUUGACAAAGUUCAUCAGGCUCAUUUGCUGAAAUAAGAUCUAUCAACGCUUGUACUUUCUCCCCCUUACAACUACGAAAACCUUUCUUCAUUGCAUUCACAAAUGUUUCUGUAUCAUCACUUAUACUAUUGGCUUCCUCAACAAUUAGUUAUACGACAUUGAAUCCAAUUAUUGGAGGUCCAAUAUUCUCUUUGGUUACCAAAAACGGUACUAAAAUGUCGGGUUCAGUUUCAUUUAACCUCACGCUAAGUUCAAUCCAACCACAAUAUGGAAUUGGCGUGCCAUUUGCAACUUUCAAUUCAAUUUUUCUUUGUACUCCUAAGAGUUCUUCCACAUUUCUGAGUUUACUUGUCAACAACUGUUUAUGCAUGAAAGUUUCUGAAACAAUUGAGACCUGGGCACCGGUGUCCCACAAUGCAGUCACAGUUUGCCCAUGUAAAUGACAGUUUACAGAGCACUUAUUCCCUACUAGCUGUGCAACACAGGUAUGUUGUCUAGGUGACAGGUGACUCGGAUAAAUCUCGGAUUAUCUCCCGGGGCAACAUGGUUAGCUUCUUGCUCAAGCUUUUCCAGCAUCUCAAUGGUCUUGCAUAAGUUCUUAUGCUUUGGCCAGUGUUGUCGCUGACAGGGCCCAGCAUUGCUAGUGUUUGAUCAGCUGAUUUUCGUUAUGUAUCAAGUUUUAGUUCAAUACUUUAAAAAUCUCUAUGCCAGUUUUUUCUCCACAUGUUGGAUAAUAGAAUAUGCGACUCUUUACCGAACAAAAUUGGGACUUCAUCAAGAACUCUUAACUUUGCACCAACCUCAAGUACUGACCUGCAUCAAGUGACCGACUGGACAGAGAAUAAAAAAGAACUUUUGAAAAAACUUCAGUUGUUACAUGAUAAGAGAAUGGCAAUGGAAAUGCACAUUCGUGAACUUGAGCUCAAUGUGCCUGAGCCGCCUGCUGCCGUUAAUUAUCAAAGCAUUUGUGAUAACUGCCAUAUUCGAAGGGAAAUCAGAGAAACGACUCUUGUAACCUUAGUCCAUGCACCUUGUAUUAUAUGUGUGGGCAAAGAAAUAAACACCCCGAACAUUUUGAUGAAAUUAAAAGUGAAAAAAAAAACAACUCAAAGACAUAAAUAAGGAAAUUGACAGUGACAGUGUUGAACUGGAAAAGAAAAACAUUGAUUGAGUUAUUCCAGUCCAAAAGUACUUCAGCGUUUUCUUCUGCCGUAACCACACAUCCUUUAAAAGCUUUCGAUGAGAAAUACUGACUCAAAACUUCAAAGGGUGAAUUAGUUUUGCAGAAAAACAUAGCUACUAUAUGAGCUGCAUGUGGGAAUAAAAUCCCACAAGGAACCAGAAAUGAUGAAAAUUGUUUACAAAAUUGUUGGACAAGCAAAUUGCGAAGAUGAACGAUUUUAAAUCAUCCUUCAGUGGACAAUCGGCAUCAUAUAUAUGGCUACAUCUGGUUUAAAUAAAACCGAAAUAACAUGAAAUGUUUCCCCCAUUCAAUCGCUCGAGAAACGAAAGUCCAAACGCGAAAUGUGUUAUUCAGAUUCAUCAUGUGACGGUGACAGCUCAUUGAGUACCUCGACAGAUUCUUCUGUGGAACGGCGAAGCAAUCAGAAAAAAGGUAAAUGUCGACGGAAAAGUUCUAAAAUGUCAAAUAAAAGAAAGAAAUCAUCUCAAAGACAGAACAAAUGCAAACGCUACAGCAGCUCUGAUACUGACAGUAAUGACAAUAGAAAAUCAUCUGGUAAGGCCAAGGGAGUUUAUGAAAACAAAUCUAGUAUAAAUAGUAAUACUGGGUACAGCAACUUAGAAAAGGAAUACUGGCAAGUCAUUCAGUAACUUGGAAAGUAAUAAUGGCAAGUCAUCCGCCUAAGACUAUAAGUGCUUGCUGGACGAACUUGCAACAAUAGCAAUGGCUAUAAACAAUGAUCAUGAGAAACAGUAAAUAGCUAUUUCGUUGCAUAUUUUAAUAUAGAGGUGUUUACAUGAGUCUGGGCAAUCUUACGUCAACAUCCUUAAUUUGAAAUUUUACCCUUUGAUUUUGUGCAAUUGUACAUGCAAACAUCGAAGGCAUGCAAAUUUGUUGGUAAAGGAAUAAAAGCAACAAUUUUUUACUUGAACCUGACAUGCAUUUCGUGAGCAAUUAGAUCACAAGACACAUGCACGUUCUAAUUUUAGUAAUGAUACAUAGCGUUUCAAAAUAUUUUUUUUAAACCUAUUUCUAUAAUACUUUUUGUUUCCACGUUUUCAUGUGUAAAAAGCCUACUUUGGAACAAAUACAGCAGUGUUUGCCUUUGGCCAAAACGGCAAGCUAUUUGUUUAUGACCAGUAUCCUUGACUUGUAUUUCAUGUAAAAUUCUGGAACAUAUAUAUUUCACAGUCAUGUAAUGAAACACUUAGAGAAAUUUAAUAUUCUGUCGGAUGUUCAGCAUGGGUUUCAGGCAAAGAGAUUGACGCAAUUAAUUCUAACCAUCCAUGACAUGACCAAAGCGAUUAAUGGGAAUAAAUCAGUGCAUGCUGUAGUUUUAGAUUUUGCGAAAGCAUUUGAUAAGGUCCCUCGUCAACGUCUACUAGAGAAAUUAUGGUAUUAUGGGAUACAUGAUUCGUUAUUUAAUUGGUUUGAAUCGUUUCUUCAAGAAUGCUUCUAAACGGUUGUUUGUGAGGGUAAAUCAUCUCAGCCAGUUCCUGUUAUGUCUGGAGUACCACAGGGGCACGGUCGGGACCAUUGUUGUUCCUCAUGUAUAUUAACGCCUUACCCGAUGGUCUCUCUUCCAAUGUCAGGCUUUUCACAGAUGAUGUGUUAGUGUAUGGAGUUAUUGUGGGAGAUGCUGAAUGCGACCAGCUUCAAAAUGAUCUAAUUAAGCUGGAACAAUGGCAGUUGAAAUGGCAAAUGGAGUUUAAUCCGACGAAAUGCAAAGUCAUACGUAUCUCAACUAAAAAAUCUGAACGUGAGAUUUAUAUGUUCUGCAGUAAGCAAUUGGAGCAAGUUACAUCUAUUUCAUACCUAGGACUGACUGUUACUGAUAAGUUAAGAUGGUCAGAUCAUAUUUCUGAGAUUUCAAACAAAGCUGGAAAAACCCUGGGUAUGAUUAAACAAAUUUUUGGUUUUGUCCAAAGGAUGUGA